AGUCGAAGUAAAUGGCAUAAGUAUAUCUAUUGGAAAAGUCAAGUGAGUGGACUGAAACCUACAAAUGUAAUUUUUUUACCAUGUGCUACGUACACAUUUGGCACCUGAUCAGCAGAGUGCAAAGAGGUCCCAUUGUGUCCCCCUAAACAAGUUCCUUAUCACAAAGAAGAUGAACAACAGUUCCAAAAGGGAUAUGAUUUUAAUUGCAUAAUCAAUGAAAUAGGAAGGCAAAGGCGCAACAUCUAAGCAAGAAAGCAUUAAAAACGAGAAAGGCAAACCAGGAUAGAAACGUCCCAGAAUAGACCAGAGAGUGAAGAGGUGGAAAAUAAAGAACAAAUCUUUUCUGGUGUGACAUGGACGUUUCAUUUCAAAAGCUCGUCCAAGUUCGGUUCAUGUAUGUACCUUGUGGCUCCCACUUUGUCCCCUCCACCCUCUCUCUCUCUCUAAUCUAAAACGGUGAAACCCAGAAGAACAAAACAACGGCGCGGAACUAACACAGAAGAAAAACGAUAAGUGGGAAACUUUCCCCCUCCAGAGAGAGAGAGAGGGAACGAUUAGGGAGGAACAUUAGAUUUUCACAGAGAUAGUCGCUUAGAUCCCCUCUUAUUAACUAUUCAUAAUAUUGGGUUUUGCGAUCAUGGGGAUAUAUAAAAAAAUGCAGGAGGUUGCUCUGUAAAACAGGGUGCUUGUUUUUUUCUUUCUUUUUUGGGGUUUUAUAUUUGUUUGUUAACUAGUUUGGGGAUUAUGGAUUGGAUUUGGAUUAGCUCUCCCUUUCUUUUUUUGGUUUGAUCUUGUUUAUUAUAAUUCCAGUACAAAAUGUGUGUACUAUUAUUAUAACUCAAAAGAGAGCUUCUUCCAUAGCUGAACUGUCCUCCUGGCCGAGAGAGAGAGCCACCACACUCUGCAUGACUGGGGAAGAAGAAGCAAGAGAAUGGAGAAGAAGAUCUAGUAGAGCUGCUUCUGGGUUCUCUCUCUCUCUCUCUCUCUCCGUCCCUUUUGAUUUGGUAUCUGGGAAUUGUUUCUCUUUUCUCCAGGUACGGCUCCUUUCUUUUCACCACCAGCAUUCCUUUUUCUUCUUCCUCUUCUUCUUCUUCUUCUUCUAGUCUGAUUAGAUUCUCCUGUUUCUGGAUGGAGAAAUGGAGGAAGAAGAAAGAGGGGGAAAAGGUUGUAGCCGGCUGGUUUGCUUUAUGGCAAGUUAAAAUGUUUCCUUACGUUUCCACUUGUAUUGGGUCUUUCUUUUUUUUUUUUUUUGUUUUUUUUUUUGUUAUAAUAGCUUUGUUUGGAUUGAGGGAAAAUGUCGUCUUCUACUGCGAGCUAGCUAUCCAAGCUUGCGUCCUUGUUUUUCUCCUUGAAAGAAAAAGAGGGGAUAAUUCAUGGAAUGGUAGCAGUUUGAUAAGGCAAGCAAAUGUUUAUGGCGUGUAGUUAUGAACUUGGAGAAAAAUCUUUUUGGUUGGCAAUCGGGUUGGAUUCAAUGGUUCUUAGAUGUUAGAUCCCCAAUUUUGGAAUUGGCUUUAAUUACGAAAGAAUUCUAAAAAGGGUUUGCCUUUUUCCUUAUCAGGGGAGGGAAAAGGUGAGGAAUUGAAGGGUGAGAGGUUUCUUCUUCUUGAUUGAUCCUCCUUCAUUCUAGCCGCCGUAGUUUAAACCGGUCAGCUGCUGCCUGCUACUGCUGCUGUUAUUGGAACUGGAAAAAUAUCUAUAUCGUUGAAAGAUUCAAACUUUGGGGCUUUCCCCCAAAUGGAUUGAAACAAAGCCGGCAGCCCAAUCUGGCCGCAAUGUUCAAAUCAUUAUCUCCUGGGCUGCUGCUGCUGAUAACUUUCUUGCUCUUCUUCUCCGCAUCCUCCAUCGCCGGAGACAGCGACAACGGCUACCCGAGAUGCAACUGCGACGACGAGGGCAGUUUCUGGAGCAUAGAAAGCAUCCUCGAAUGCCAGAGGGUCGGUGAUUUCUUGAUCGCCGUCGCCUAUUUUUCAAUCCCAAUCGAGCUGCUCUACUUCAUCAGCUGCUCUAACGUCCCGUUCAAAUGGGUCCUCGUCGAAUUCAUCGCCUUCAUCGUUCUCUGCGGGAUGACCCACUUGCUCAAUGGCUGGACUUACGGGCCCCACACUUUCCAGCUCAUGGUUGCAGUCACUGUCUUCAAGAUCCUAACCGCCCUGGUCUCCUGCGCCACUGCCAUCACCCUCUUCAGCUUGAUCCCUUUGCUGUUGAAGGUCAAGGUUAGGGAAUUCAUGCUGAAGAAGAAGACUUGGGAUCUGGGUAGAGAAGUCGGGAUGAUUAUGAAGCAGAGAGAGGCUGGUCUCCAUGUCCGGAUGCUUACGCAGGAGAUUCGCAAAUCGCUGGAUCGGCACACCAUUCUGUACACUACCCUUGUCGAGCUUUCGAAUACCCUAGGGUUGCAGAACUGCGCAGUCUGGAUGCCUAAUGAGAUGAGGACCGAGAUGCAUCUCACGCACGAGUUGAAUGGGGGCGAUUAUGGCAACAUGGAGAGUUGUACGAUACGGACAUCUGAUCCUGAUGUGGCAAGGAUUAAGGGCAGUGAUAGUGUGAACAUACUCGACCCCGACUCGCCUAUAGCUGCUGCAAGCUUAGGCACAGAGUCUGGCGAGCACAUCGGUCCGGUGGCUGCGAUUCGGAUGCCGAUUCUUCGAGUUUGCAACUUCAAGGGUGGAACUCCUGAGAUGAUCCAAGCGUGCUAUGCGAUAUUGGUGUUGGUUCUUCCUGGUGGUGCUCAGCCGAGGUCUUGGAGCAAUCAAGAGCUUGAGAUAAUUAAAGUAGUGGCCGAUCAGGUAGCUGUCGCUUUAUCCCAUGCUGCCGUCCUUGAAGAAUCUCAGCUCAUGAGGGAGAAAUUGGAGGAGCAGAAUCGAGCGUUGCAGCAGGCAAAGAUGAACACUUCAAUGGCUAGCCAAGCCAGGAAUGCUUUUCAAAAGGUUAUGAGCGAUGGAAUGAAGAGACCUAUGCAUUCGAUUCUAGGAUUGGUGUCCAUGAUGCAAGAUGGAAGUUUGAAAAAUAGCGAGCAACAGAUUAUAGUAGAUACAAUGAUGAAAGCUAGCAAUGUGUUGUCGAUACUGAUAGACGAUGUGAUGGAAAUUUCGACCAAGGAUAGUGGGAGGUUUCCAAUGGACACGCGGUCUUUCAGGCUGCACUCGAUGAUCACGGAAGCAGCUUGCCUUGCCAAGUGCCUAUGUGUGUAUAAGGGGUUUGGCUUUUCAAUGGAAGUUGACAGGUCAUUGCCCGAUCAUGUGAUGGGAGAUGAGAGGAGGAUCUUUCAGGUGAUACUUCAUAUGGUUGGGAAUCUUCUCGACGGGAAUAGUAGAGGGGGGUCUGUACUGCUUCGGGUUGUUGCCGAUAAUGGGAGUCAGGAGAGGAAUGAUCAGAGAUGGGCUGUGUGGAGACACAGCCCUUCUGAGGGUGAUGUAUCUAUCAGAUUCGAGAUUGGAAUAACUUCUGGUGAUUCUGAAUCCAAGGCCUCCGCUUCAGCUAUGCAGCUCGGGGGUCGAAGGUACACCAGUGAUGGAUUUGAGCAUGGCUUGAGCUUCACUGUUUGCAAGAAGCUGGUCCAGAUGAUGCAAGGGAACAUCUGGGUAGUCCCGAAUAACCAAGGAUUCGUCCAGAACAUGGGGCUGAUUCUACGGUUCCAGCUCCGGCAAUCGAUCAGCCUGACCAUCUCCGAACCAGGGGAAUUGACAUCUUCGGAGCACCACCCUAAUUCCAACUCUUUCCUCCAAGGCCUGCAAGUGGCCCUGGUCGAGUCGGACGACCUGAACCGGAGCGUCACCCGGAGGCUGCUCGAGAAGCUCGGGUGCUCGGUCACCCCUCUCUCCUCAGGGUACGAGUGCCUCAGCGCCAUCGGGCCAGCCACGUCUUCGUUCCAGGUCGUGCUCCUCGACCUGCAGCUCCCCGACCUGGACGGGUUUGAAGUUGCGGCCAGGAUCAGGAAGUUCAGGAGCCGGAGCUGGCCGCUGAUCCUCGCGAUGACGUCGUCCAGCGCGGCCGAAGAGGAUGACCUGUGGGAGAAGUGCAUGCAGAUGGGACUGAAUGGCGUGAUCAGGAAGCCGAUUCUGCUUCAAGGAAUCGCCAACGAGCUGAGGAGAGUGGUUUUGCAGGCAAACAGAGUGGUGUAGCAGCAGCAACAGCAGCUCAGUUUAAUUUCCCCUCUAGCAUAGAGAAUUAAUGUCUAGAUAUAUACACAGCAUAACAUUUUACAGGAACAAACAAUCAAUAUGAUUAUACAGAAAUUUAGCUACUUCGAUCAUUAAUUAGUGCUGUGGCAUGAAGAGAACAAGAAUUUUGUUCCGAAGUAUGCUCGUAUGACUCCAAACAAAAAGACUGAAGAGAAAGGAGAAUUUAACUUUCGACUUUAGUCAUUAUCAUUUAACUUGUAAUGAAAGCAACCUCAUGAUCUUUGUUAUCCAAUUCACAUUAAAGUUUAAACCAAUCAAACUGUCAUCGCACCAACUCUAAUCGGAAUAUAUACUCAGUUUAUCU